UACAGGGGCCAGCAAGUACAGCCGAUCCCCCACAGCAGGGUACCGUGUUAAAGGCCAUGGCUGGCAGAAUGGUCCCUCAAGUUCUUCACAAGGUGGGGGUGGUGGGCUAUGGCCGCCUGGGACAGUCCCUUGUGUCCCACCUUCUGGCUCAGGGGUCAGAACUAGGCCUAGAACUUGUUUUUGUAUGGAACCGUGACCCUGGACGAAUGGCAGGGAGUGUGCCCCCUGCCCUGCAGCUCCGAGACCUCACCGCCCUUGAGGAGAGGCACCCUGACCUUGUGGUAGAAGUGGCCCAUCCAAAAAUAAUCCAUGAAUCCGGAGCACAAAUCCUUCGACAUGCAAACCUUCUGGUGGGAUCCCCAUCAGCUCUGGCUGACCAGACCACAGAGCAGCAGCUCCUGGAGGCUUCAAACCACUGGGGCCACACGGUGUUUGUGGCCCGAGGGGCCCUGUGGGGGAGUGAGGACAUCAGCAGACUGGAUGCAGCUGGAGGCCUCCAGAGCCUUCGAGUCACCAUGGCCACACAUCCUGAUGGCUUCCGGCUGGAGGGGCCCCUGGCUGCAGCACACAGUAGUGGGCCCCGCACAGUGCUCUAUGAAGGCCCUGUGCGUGGACUCUGCCCCUUGGCGCCCCGAAACUCUAACACCAUGGCAGCCGCUGCCCUGGCUGCCCCCAGUCUAGGCUUUGAUCGUGUCAUUGGAGUGCUUGUGGCUGAUCUUAGCCUCACCGACAUGCACGUGGUGGAUGUGGAGCUGAUAGGCCCCCCAGGGCCCACAGGCCGCAGCUUCGCCCUGCACACCCACAGAGAGAACCCAGCCCAGCCUGGCGCUGUCACCGGCUCCGCUACUGUUACAGCCUUCUGGCACAGCCUACUGGGCUGCUGUCAGCUCCCCUCCAGACCUGGGAUCCACCUCUGCUGAGUCUCCUCCCCUACUACCCUUGCUGUCACCUUGACUACUAUGGGUCCCAGUAAACAUCAGAGUUCUGCCCGC